UCUCCUAACAUACAUUUCUUGUGUUGGUUGAUUCAGACUAGCUUAUAUAUGAAGCUGUUUGAGGGUGGUGAGUUGGACCGUAAAGUUAUGGAGAAAGCUGGUUGUCAAAACUAUUCCCACACCCCAUGGGAAUCAGAGAAAGGUGAUGUCUAUGAAAGGCAAACUUAUUACAAAUUUGACAAGUGUAUUUCCCGUUACAGAGGAGAGACAAGAAGUACUCAGCAAAGAAGCCCCAUUUCUGAUAGAAAUGGAUGGAUUAUUGAAGAGGUCAUGACUCUCCAUGGAGUUCCUCUUGGUGACUAUUUCAAUCUUCACAUAAGAUACCAAGUAUAGGAUUUGCCUUCAAAAUCAAAGCAAUGUCAGCUAAAAGUAUAUUUUGGAAUUGCCUGGCUCAAAAGCACUAGGAAUCAGAAAAAGAUUACAAAGAAUAUCAUUUAGAAUCUGAAUGAUCGCUUGAAAGUGAUUGUUAGUGAA